AUGUCGUCUCCUGGAAGGGCCACCGACCGAAUGGCUCUGGACGACGACCGCCAUUCUCGUUCUAGGUCUUGCUCCCGCACUCGCUCGCCGCGUUCUAGAUCUCGCUCUCGGUCGCGCACCCCAGCCUCGCAGUACUCGCGUCGCUCGCGAUCGCCAACAUCCAUGGACAGACGCAGAGACUCGCGCGCUCGCUCUCCAGCGCGCAAUGGCGGCGGCGGUGGUCGCUAUCGCUCUCGUUCUCGCUCCCACAGUCGCAGCAUUAGCCGUGGCCGUACCCGCUCACGCAGCCUGAGUCGCUCGCCUAGUCGGUCUCCACGCAGCCGCAGUCGCUCCAGGAGUUACUCGCGCGGUCGCGAUCGCAGCUACAGCCGCGGCUACAGCCGGUCGAGAAGCCGUUCUCGGAGUGAGAGCCCUCGCCAGAGGUCGACUAAGGUCGGUUGGCUACGAUAUUGCUCUGGAGGAAGUCGGCUGACAGGAUUGCAGAUUGUGGUUGAGCGCCUGACCAAGAACAUUACUGAGGACCAUCUCUGGGAAAUUUUCGGCCAGUAUGGUGAGAUUGAGGAUCUCGAUCUGCCCAUCAGCAGAGUUUCUGGAACCAACCGUGGCACAGCCUACAUCCUCUACUACAACGAGGACGACGCUCAACAAGCCAUAACCCACAUGCAUGAAGCCCAGCUCGACGGCAACAUCAUCCACGUCUCUAUUGUCCUGCCUCGCCGCAAGGUUUCUCCCCCCCCUCCUCUCGCCCGUCGUGGCCCUCGUGGUCCCCCCGCCAAUGUUCGUGCCGUUAUGCCUGGCGGUGGCGGCGGUCGUGGCGGCGGUCGUUAUGCUUCCCGCUCUGACGUCUAUCGCCCACGUUCCCUGUCUCGCUCUCGCUCUCGUUCGCCCCUGCCCCCGCCUAGCGGUGGCCGUCGGUACCGUUCCCGCACUCGGUCAAGGUCUCGCUCGCGAUCUGCGUCCUAUGAUUCCCGUUCUCGCUCUCGCUCUCGUUCUCGUUCUCCCCGCCGCGGUGGUGGCAGGUAUGGCGGAGGUAGCCGUCGCAAUGAAUCUUAUGAUCGCCGCCGCAGCGUCAGUCGCGAUAGUUAUGACCGGCGCAGUCGCAGUCGUAGCAGGACGCGCAGCCGGAGCAGGAGCUAUGAGCGUAGAUAA